UCGUCGUAUACGCGGUGCCACGGUGCAUAGCUAUAUACCGUGCCCUCGACGAUCGUCCGGCUCGGCUGCGUUUAAGCACGAAGUCAGACGUACGCGCACGGUCCCCGGGCUCUGCACCCCGGCGGUCGACUACCGGCAGAGCAACACCCCCGCGACGCCGUCGCGUCACUGUGCUUUCACACCGACUUCCGCGCGCACAAAGCACGCACGUCAUAUCGUACACACAUAUACCCACACACUCACCCACAUCACGCUCGCGGGCCCAUUAUCGUCGGGCGAUAUAUACGCGAGAGUCCGCUCUCCGCACGCCAGUCGCGCAGAGCACCUAUAUAACCAUCAUACAUAAUAUUCUCCUCCACCGAGUCCUUUUUUUUUUUUCUAAAUUUUUAUUUACUUUUUUUUUUUUUUCGAGCGCGCAAUACACCCCCCCGGUAGCUUCGGCAGCAGUAUAAUACGCGCCGCGCCGCACAUCGCCGGGCGACUCCGUCAGAGACGCACGUCGUCGUCGUCGUUGUCGCCGUCACAGUCACCGUCGCCGCCGCCGCCGACCGCCUAACCACCCUCAACCGUCGCCGACACACGGGUUUAAUGCUUUUGGACAAGAGUUAUCAUUAAAUAGUAUGCAGACUACAGAAUCGUCUUCUAAAAAGUGAAUUAUUAGACCGGUCAACUUCAAUUUAGAUUUAGGCGAUACAUGGUCUUGGACAGAGGAAUGUUUGAAGAAUGGCUCAAACGAUGUCGCGAAUCUCGCCAACUCGUAGUGGUGAUCGUAGCUAUAGCUUUACUCCUGGACAAUAUGCUUCUUACUACUGUGGUCCCAAUAAUACCGGAAUUCCUAUACGACAUCCAGCACCCCGAUCAACCACUAACUGCUACCAUCUCAUCUGGCCCGCCGAAUGAAUAUCUGGUACCACAUGGAGCUAUGACAGGUAAUUCAACGAACGGGACAGUGCCGACCUGGGAACAACGAGAAGCGACUCUCAAAAAGGAAAGGCACGACGAUCUGGUUCACGAAACGGUCGCAGUCGGUAUGAUGUUCGCAUCCAAAGCAGUCGUGCAGCUAAUGGUUAACCCCAUUGUUGGACCUCUCACCCACAAAAUCGGCUAUAGCAUACCGAUGUUCACCGGAUUUUUCAUCAUGUUCAUAUCGACUAUAAUAUUUGCUUUCGGACGGAGUUACGGGGUACUGUUUUUGGCUAGAGCAUUGCAAGGGAUCGGAUCUUCUUGUUCAACUGUUUCUGGAAUGGGAAUGUUAGCUGAACGGUACCCUGACGAUAAAGAACGUGGAAACGCAAUGGGUAUUGCAUUGGGUGGAUUAGCCUUGGGCGUGUUAAUCGGCCCACCGUUUGGCGGAAUUAUGUACGAGUUUGUGGGGAAAACUGCUCCGUUUUUAAUACUAUCAGCCUUGGCACUAGGAGACGGAUUGCUACAACUACUGCUUUUACAACCAGGAGUAGUUACAACUGAUGCAGACCCCCCUUCCUUAAAAUCUUUAGUCAUGGAUCCCUAUAUAAUAAUCGCUGCAGGCGCUAUUACUUUUGCUAACACCGGAAUCGCAAUGCUUGAACCUUCUUUACCUAUAUGGAUGAUGGAUACUAUGGGUGCCGGAAGAUGGAAACAGGGAGUAACAUUUUUACCAGCGAGCAUUUCUUAUUUGAUCGGAACGAAUUUGUUUGGACCUCUCGGACACCGUAUGGGAAGAUGGUUAGCUGCAAUGAUUGGAUUGAUCGUGAUUGGGAUUUGUUUGAUGAUAAUACCAACGGCUAGAGACAUAAAUCACUUGAUCGUACCGAACGCUGGUCUGGGUUUUGCUAUUGGUAUGGUGGAUUCGUCUAUGAUGCCCGAGCUUGGUUAUUUGGUUGAUAUACGUCAUACAGCUGUAUAUGGUAGUGUUUAUGCUAUUGGAGACGUGGCGUUUUGUUUGGGCUAUACGAUCGGACCGGCUUUAAGCGGAACAUUGGUAAACACAAUUGGAUUUGAAUGGAUGUUAUUUGGAACGGCUAUGUUGAAUUUCUUGUAUGCGCCACUUCUCUACUUCCUACGCAGCCCACCGACGAAAGAAGAAAAAAAAUCUUUGGUCACCGGAGAAAAAUCAUCGGUGCGUUAUAUAACCUAUCAAAACGAAGCUGAAGAAGAAUAACGUGCAUUAUUAGCUUCGUGAUACAUAACUAACGCUUGAUAAAUUACGCUUUUUCAUUUUUUUUCUCAGCAAACAUACUUUAAUAAUUGAGAUCAUAGUGACGUUGUCAGCACGUCACCGUAACAAAUAUUAUACAAUACAGAGACUACAAUAAACAGUUAAUAGUUAUAUAAUAUAACUUAUAAUAUAAAACACUUUACAUUUACAUUUCGGUGGUCUAAUUCGAAAAGAUAUUAAUCACACUAAGUAAUCACAUUAUACCUAGGCAUAUAUAGCGGCUUUAUUUAUUUAAUAUUUAUACAUUAUACAUUUAUACUUAUAUUCAUAAUCGAAAUGGGCCACCGAUAUAACGAGACCCCAUAACUGAUCUUGUCCGUACUUGUAUGAAAAAAUACAAAAACAAAUCAUAUACAAAAAUUAAAUACAUAAUAAUAUAUAAUAUUACCUAUUAUUAUCAACAAUAAAACUAAAAUAACCGUUACGUGCACAUUAUCGUGUUAUACAUUCGAUGACGAAACAUACAAUAUACGAUCGACUUUGCAACUUAUUGAACGUGGUUUAAAAUAUAAAUAACACAAUAUAUGAUGAAUAUUUUCUUAUACCUAUAUAUUAUAUUAUACUUAAAUCGUAUUAUUAUGCAUACGCAUUUUAUUGCUCACCAUUUACAUCAUCAUUGAGCAUCAGAACAUUUUGUUGAUUAAGACUGUUUUAUAAUAAUUUAAAUAAAUAUAUUAAUCGUGUUUUCUUUAUAUAUAUAAUAAUAAAGUGUCAGACCAAACUAAA